AUGUUAAAAUUGUCAUUUGAUACGUUGUCUAGGACAGCAAGUAAACAGGUUCCAACAAAUGUGAUAAGAUCAUUUAGUGGGUCUGCGUAUGUGUUUGCAAAGGCAGCACCAAAGCUGAAAGAUGGUAAGAAGAAGGCUAAACAAGGGUUCAAGAAUAAAGGGCCGGAAUCUAAGACCGCAAAGGUAAAGAAGGGUGGUAUGACGCAUUUGAAAUUUAAGGAUGCUGUUCGUUCAUUGAAGUUUGAAAAGUCAGCUACCGAUUUCUCACAAUUGAAUAUUAAAGACAUAUCGUACGAGUCAUUGAAAUCGAUCACAUCCACAGUUGUCAAGUAUGACGAUUAUACGGAAAAGGUGUUACAGGAUCUUGAUUCGUUUAAGAAGUAUCAGUAUCAUGAAUUGUUCAGCAAGCCUGUUUCCAUGGUGUCUGACAAUACCAUGAAGCUCGACGAGCAAUUUAUAUCAAAGUUGGAAUCUCCUAGUAAAGACAACAGAUUAUGCUUAUUAGGUGAAAAGGGUGUAGGGAAGUCUGUGUUACUUUCUCAGGCUAAGGCGUUGGCCAUUUCUAAAUACAACAAGGAUGUUAUCCUUUUACAUUUGGACCACCCACAGAAAAUUGUCGAAGGUUCCAGUGACUAUGUUUACAACAAAAGGAUAGAGAAGUACCAACAACCAAUGUUUACUAAGAGAUGGGUCAAGAAGUUGCGUGCUUCUAACGAAGAGAUUUUCAAGAAAUUACCAUUGACGAGAGAUAUUUCUUUCACCGCUAAGAAGAAGGAAUACGACUUAAAGAAGGACGAAAAUACUUUGUAUGAAUUCCUCUUGUAUAACCAUGAUUUUGGUAAAGUGGGUCCAACCUCAGCAUUCAACUUUUUAAUCGAAGAAAUCAUGCAUCAUUCCGAGAAGGUUCCUGUCCUUGUUUCAAUUGAUGAUUUCAACACAUUAACUGGUGAAACAUUAACUAAGUACCGUCACCCAGACUUUGAGCCAAUUCAUUUCACCGAGUUCGAAAUGGGUAGUUUUAUAUUGAAAUUGGCCAGCGGUGAAUUGAGUUUUGCCAAGGGUGGUGUCUUAUUAGCUGAAUCAAAGGACAUUUCCUACGGCCACACCUUACCAGUUGGUUUAGGUCUCGAACAGUACGAUCCAUACUACAAGCAGCACCAAUGUGACUUUGAAGUUGCCAACAGCUUAUUGCUGAAUGGUGGUGUAUCCUCUAUGACCGUGGAAAACCUCACUAAGAAUCAAUGCAGAGAACUCUACAACUUUUGGGAUGCCACUGGUGUUUUAAGGGUCAGAGAAUAUCCUUCCAAUGAAGACUAUAAGACAUCUGAACAAAUUGCAGAUGAACAAGCUGCUAAGAGAUCUGGAGAGGAAGAAGAAAAAUACAUUUACGACCCAGAAGAACAAUUUGAAAAAUUAGUUCAAAAUAACUUCACAAUUUCUUCAGGUAACCCAGGCCACUUGAUUAAAACCACCACUUUAUCAUAUUAG